GUCGUCCGUCCGGCUCCGUAAUCGCGCGCGCACCUGUCCUCUCGCGUCUCGAUCCUCGCCCGGCCGCGUCAAGUGCCGCGCUUGCUUUCCGAUCGUCCGCGCGUUUUCCGAGCCGACCGCAACCCCGGCGCGAAACCCGGAGGUCCGAAGAGGUCGCGAGCUAGCUAGCUAUGUGGUGACAAGAGUGCAGCGAGGUCGGCCGAUACAGUGCAGAGUGGAGAUUGCGGCAACGAGCAGUGGUUCAUUAUACAGCGUGCCAGAGUGAUCGGUAUAUCAUAUGAUACCAACACCCUUUUCCAUAUAUAUUGUACAGUGCAGUCGCGGGUGAAACACAAUAGUGAGAUAUAAGAUUCGUCAGUUGUGGAGGGGUGGCUGAUGCACCGAGGCGGCGGCGGCGGCGGCGGCGGGAACGGCCCGGCUACCGCCGGUCCUCGCGGCCUCGAUCUGGAACAUCCCCCGAUGCCGGGGGCGGCAGGGUUUCCAUGGGGAGCCAUGCUCGCCGGGCACCAUCAUCACGCCGCUGCGGCGGCCGCAGGCAUGAUGCAGCCGCCGCUGUCCGCCGGCGGUGACUACAAUCCGGCCGCUGCCCAUCACGGGGGCGCCCAACCCGCGAUGCCCAUGGACCUUCACGUACCCCAGGCGUUUACCUAUUACAGGUAUCGCGAAGAUGCUCUCUGUUGGACGGAUAGGAAGCCGUCCAUGGAUGACGUCGGCAACCCAGCUUCCGUCAACGUUCGAUUUGAGGAGAGACACUACGCGUUCGAAAGCAUCCUCGAGCUUCGUAAAGAGAAGAGCAGAGACGCGGCGAGGUCGCGGCGAGGAAAGGAAAACCACGAGUUCUACGAGUUGGCAAAAAUGCUUCCGCUCCCAGCGGCCAUUACCUCCCAGCUGGACAAGGCGUCCAUCAUCAGACUCACAAUCUCCUACCUCAAACUCCGAGAUUUCUCGGGGCACGGGGAUCCUCCAUGGAGCCGGGACGGUCCGGCGCCGAACAAGUCCAUCAAAGGUGCCAACCGGGUGAGGUCACCUGCAACACUGGCAAUGGACAUGUUCGAGCAGCACCAGGGUACCCACAUCCUUCAGUCGCUUGACGGUUUCGCAAUGGCGGUCGCAGCUGAUGGAAGGUUUCUGUACAUCUCGGAGACAGUCUCCAUCUACCUCGGACUUUCCCAGGUGGAAAUGACCGGCUCCUCGGUUUUCGACUACGUUCACCAGCAAGACCAUUCGGAAGUCGCCGAACAGCUCGGCUUGGGCCUCGCGUCAUCCUCGAGUUCCUCGGGCCCUCAUUCCUCCAGCUCUGGUCUCGCCUCUCCGAGCAGCGCUGCAUCCGAAGAGCACGGUUCGUCGUCGACAGCCAAUCCUGAUGUAUCCUCUGUAAUGUCCUUGACGGCCAGCGGUCUCUACAAGGGUUACGACCGAGCAUUCUGCGUGCGGAUGAAAUCCACGCUGACGAAAAGGGGAUGCCAUUUCAAGUCCUCCGGGUACAGGGUGGUGUUGCUGUUGUGCAGACUUAGGCCUCAGUAUACGUUCAGCCACUCCAGGAAGUCGGCACCACCGCUGAUGGGCAUGGUAGGCCUCGCCAUUGCCCUACCACCUCCUAGUGUCCACGAGAUUCGACUUGAGACUGAUAUGUUCGUCACUCGCAUCAACUUUGACUUCCGGAUAGCCCACUGCGAACCAAAGGUAUCAGAGCUGCUGGACUAUUCGGCGGACGAAUUAACGGGAAAGAAUUUGUACGCCCUGUGCCACGGAGAAGACGCGAAUCGUCUUCGAAAGUCACACGUCGACCUGAUUCACAAAGGGCAGGUCCUCACUCACUAUUAUCGGUUAAUGAACAAAAGUGGAGGAUAUACGUGGCUACAGACGUGCGCUACUGUGGUGUGCAACUCGAAGAACGCCGAGGAGCAGAACAUCAUUUGCGUGAACUACGUGAUCAGUGGUCGAGAGUACGAAAACCUCAUCAUGGAUUGCUGCCAGCUAGAGGAUGGCGUAACUGGCGUGAAGAGGGAAGAUGCUGCCGGAAAUGACCCUGAGAACGGUUCACCCGACGCUGACAGAGGAGAAGGGCGCAGCAGCGGAGGGCCAACGAAUCAGCAGCCCGAUCAUCCGCACCGGUCGCCUCAAGAGGACGGCGAGGACGCGCCAGGAUCCGAGGGCGAACCGCGGGGUGGAAGGCAGCACGAGCACGCGGCGCAACUGCAGCAGGAGCCGAAGGCGGUUGUGGGUAACGUGAACGCACCGGCGGUGAAACUGCGAGGACACAAGCGGAAAAUAGUCCCAGACGAGGAAAGCAGCUCCGGCGAGGAGGAGGACGAGGACGACAUAACGGGGAAGGCGGCGGGGACCGGAAGAAGCCAUGCCCUGAGUCCGGCGUCCUCGAACCACUCGGUUCCCGGCGGAGAUCACGCGCUGCGACCCGGAAGUCCGAAGGCGCGUCGCUCGGACGGAAGUGACAAUAACGGGGAGGUGCCGGGGACUUCGGUGAAGGACCUGGAGCAAGCGAUGUCGAAGCAUUUGCCCGGGGCGCCGCUCGGCAAACCGGAAUCACCGGCGCUUCACCAGCCGACGGAUUUUAGCACGGACGCGCUGCUCAAACAGCAGCAACAACGCAGCACCAUCCAAUGGAUCGGGGCCCACCACCACCACCUCAGCCACUUGAACCCCCAGCAGUCGGCGACGGCGCCACUUCCGGCCUCGGCUCUUCUCCGGCAGCUCUACGCGAACCGGGAGAGCGUCAUCCGCGCUAACGUCCACGGCAUCACGUCGACCGGGGCGAGGGCACCUUCGGCAGGGGGCGGAUACUACGCCGGGGAGAAUCCGCAGAACGGACCCCUGCCGACACCCCCGGGUUCAGAGGGCUCGUCGACCUACGGCGAACACCAGUUUGUUCUCUCUGCUCACAACCAGAAGACCUCCGCGACGUCGAGCGGCGCCGACGCGUUCACCAGUCUGGUUUCCUCCUACUCGGCGGCGGGUGGAUACGCCGUGGAUUAUCACUCGGCGAUGACGCCACCCUCGUCGGUUUCGCCACGCGAUAAGCAUCCUCAGCAGCAGCAGCAGCAGCAGCAGCAGCAACAGCAACAGCAGCAACAGCAGCAGCAAAUCCACCCGGGUGGCGUUGUCGGUGGUUACGAAACCUCGGUUUACGCCGAUCCGCUACUCAGACAUCAGUACGAACCCGCCCAGCCGCUACCCCUGAAGCCCCAGGUAUAUUCGGCGGCGGUACAUCCCAGCGCCCUCGACGCCGCCGCCGUGGCUUACGCCUCCGCAGGACUCGAACAGCCGCAAUUUUAUCACCAUCCGGCCGCCGGAGCUGGAUUUCACUUGUAUCAUCCAUCCAAUAAGGCGACAUCGAGUACCUGGUACAGCUCGGCUUCUUAGUAGCGCUCGACCGACGGAGUGUACUUAAAAAAUUUAUAGAACAAGGACGAGAAACGUUGUAGAGAAACGAACCCAAAGGCCCCACGUGCAUAUCAGACCUUCCUCCCGGAAGUAAAAGGAAAGACGAAG